UAGUGAUCUUAUAAUGUGUACACUCUCUCAUUCAAAAAGAUAAAGCCACUGAUUUGACUGCGGCGGCAGAGAUCCAAUUCCAAUAUACCCACUUGCCCUAUUUGCCUGUAUACACUGUGUUCUUUGUUUCUUCUUCCGCUUUUUUCCUACUAAUUUCUGCUGCUUUUCUCUACAACUUGGCCUUUGUUUUCUUCCACAUAUUAGCAUUUACCCCCUUCAAUUGGCAACGGCGAUGAGCAGAAAAUAAUCACAAGUAUUAUCCUUGGAAAGAGCACUGUGCUAGUGGUGCUGUUUUUUUUCUUCUUUUCUUAUUUUUUAAAAUUCUGAUUGGAUGUCUUACACAGCUUCUAGAGUUGUGGGCAAUUAGACCCAUCUAACUUUCUACUUAUGAAUAGCUCAAGCACAAGUGCUGCUAAAGCGGGACUAGUUAAGUUGAAAGGCUGUUAGUCCGAUCGGUGAUAAUUAUUUGCAGGUUUUCUAAAUCGACCAAUGAUAAAGAAAAUCUGCACAAAUGCUGGAUUGCAACUAAGUGGAUCCGAUCAGCUCGUAAUUUGGAGUUGAGGUAAUUAGCGAGUCAUUGAGCAGACAUGUAUAUUUCAGCAUUUGAAGAACCCUAAUUCACCCCUGGUAAAACUCUAUGUAUAUUGAUUUACAACCAUAUAUUUUCGAGGAUUCAUCAAAAGCUGGUAGAUAGUUCACUGUGGAUGCAAUAUACUCAUCCUAUUUGAAAAUAUUGACUAAUUAGGAGUAUUUCUUUUAUUCCCACUUGUGCUAGCUAAUAGUAUAGAAUAUUACUAGUUUUUAUAAAUAGUAGAUGGAUUUUAAUUAUACUUUGGGACUGGGGGGUGGUGAUUCAAAGGAGGCAUCUGACAGUGAUGCUGGUGGAAGCUCCGGUGGCGGAGGAGCAGCCGGGACUUCCAACCGCCGCCCUCGAGGCCGUCCACCUGGAUCCAAAAAUAAGCCCAAGCCUCCAAUUAUUGUUACAAGAGACACCCCUAAUGCACUCCGAUCUCACGUGCUUGAAGUUUCGGCGGGUGCUGAUGUAAUGGAAAGUGUGUCCAAUUACGCUAGACGAAGGGGGAGAGGUGUUUGUAUUCUUAGUGGUAGCGGUACAGUCAAUAACGUCAACAUUCGUCAACCUGCUUCCCCUGCUGGAAGUAUAGUUACACUUCACGGCCGUUUUGAGAUACUUUCACUAUCUGGGACUGUUCUUCCUCCGCCGGCACCGCCCGGGUCGAGUGGACUCUCUAUAUUUUUGUCAGGUGGACAAGGCCAGGUUGUUGGAGGAUCCAUCGUAGGGCCUUUGAUGGCAUCAGGUCCUGUUGUAUUGAUGGCAGCGUCCUUUGCUAAUGCGGUGUUUGAACGGCUGCCGUUGGAGGAAGAGGAGGGGGCUGCUGGUGCUGGUGCUGGUGCUGCUACUACACAGGUACAUGAGCAGCCAGCUGCAUCACAGUCAUCAGGAGUAACUGGUGGUGGAGAGGGUGGACAUCUGGUUGGAACUGGAGCCGAAGGUGGUGGUGGUGGUGGUGGUGGUGGUGGUGGUGGUGGUGGUGGUGCAGGAGGAGGUAUGUCGUUUGGGAAUGCACCACAUAGUAAUUACUCAUUCUCACCUGAGUUGCUUGGAUGGAGUGGCAAUGCUGCACCUGCAAGUGGAAGGCCUCCGUUUUAGUAUAUGAACAUUUGCAUUAGUUGCAAACAAUGAUGAGAGAAUUAACCUAAUUAGCAUCCGGAUUGAUUUUCAAGAGUGUUACUCAUUACAUAGAUUUCAUAUGAUUAUCUCAAAAUGCUUGAAGAGUUGAUCAUAUUGUACGGAAAUUGGAGGGUGAUGAUCUGAAUUGCAUAGUUGUGGUUCACAAGUACAGUAAAAUUUCAGUUUCACUAACAGUACAAGCAGCAAUAGCAAGAGGCCAUUAUUGUGAAAGUUGUGAGGAGAGAUUUGCAAUUCAAGGGCGCUAACUUUGUAUUGAAACUUGAAAGGAUGCGUGAUACUUGAGCAUUGAGAUCAGCAUUAUUCCAAGAAUUGAUCUCAAAGGUGAGUAGCUAAGCUUGCAUUUUAUGUACAUAGUGUUUGUACAAGUACAUGUCACGGGUUCGAACCGUGGAAUUAGCCACUGAUGCUUGCAUUCGGGUUACCAUUGAUUUCUAUAUCUAUUACGGUAUUACUUUGCUUAUUAGAUUUGUUUUGUUGUAAUCUUAGCCAAUUAGGUAAGCGUUAAUGCUGCACAUUACUACUACAAGAUAUAUUUCGGUCUCAACUUUUUUAUUUACAUAUUGUGUUUCUCAUUUGAUUCUA